CCUCCAAACAAAGGAUCAGUGAUCUGAUCAUGGAAUGAUUACAGAGACAAAGAAGGAUGAGGAAGGAGGUGGUGGUGAUAGCUUCAUUGAGCACAACCUUGGCACUGGUCGCAGCAGUUGGUCUGAUCAAGAGAUGGAAGAAGAAGAAAGAGAGACAACGGAGGCAAACAUGAAACCUCGUACGUAAAUUCGCAAGGGAAUGUGCCACUCCUGUCAAAACCCUCUGGCUCGUCGCCGAUGACUUAGUUUCCGACAUGAAAGCCUCUCUCGCUUCUUCCUCCGACGAAGCCACCACUCUCAAGAUGAUCAUUUCGUUUGCUGCAUCGCUCCCUAAUGGAGAAGAGGAAGGUUUCUUCUAUGGAGUUAACAUGAGAAGCACAAACUUCUUGAUCUUGUGUGCUCGUCUCAGAGGAAAGAACAGCCACGUCUCUGAUUUAGACAGAGAAGAAAUCUCCUUCCCUCCUGAUCUCCUGGAUGCAGCUAGACAGGGAAUGGAGGACCUGACAUUGUGUGAGGAGUUCCCGAUGGAUUGUUUUGAUGGACUUGAUUUCCAAUCCUUGGUCCCCGAGAGCUAUUCACCUUACGAGCGUCCAAACUCCCAGAGAAAACAGAAUCCUCAGUCAAUUAUUGCCCCCCCAGGACCAAGUCCGAGCAAGAAGGUCAAGGUCAUCAAUAAGUCUGUUGCUCCCAGACUCAUUUCUUUUGAGCACUCCAAUAAUACGCACCAGUUAUGCGAUCUGGAUCCCAAUGUGAAGCUCGAAAGCCUCAGUGAAAACGUACUGAAUCUGGCGUCUUUAAGAAGCUGUCAAGGCGCAUACUAUGAAGGUAUAGAUUUCGUAGAAGGCAAGAAAGAGACGAGAAAUCCACUCCAAGCUCAAGAUCACGUCAUGGCCGAACGAAGACGAAGGGAAAAGCUCAACCAGAAGUUUAUUACUCUCUCCUCCAUCAUUCCUGGCCUCAAGAAGAUGGACAAGGCGUCGGUGUUGGGAGAUGCUAUAGAGUACGUGAAACAGCUGAAGGAACGCGAGAAGAUUCUGGAAGAACAAGUUGCUAUGAAUAGAAAGGAAUCCGCAGUCUUGACGAGGAGAACUAUUCUCUUUGCGGACGAUGAUGAUAAGUCGCCGCCGUCCGAUGAAAUUCCCGACAAGUCACUGGCUGAAAUCGAAGCCAGAGUUUUGGGUAAAGAUGUACUCAUCAGAAUCCAAUGCGAGAAACAUAAUGGGUGUGAGGCUAAAAUACUGAGAGAAUUUGAAAACCUUCGUCUCACUGUUCAUAGCAGCAGCAUCCUACCAUUUGGAGAAACCACCCUUUGUAUAACCAUCAUCGCUCAGCAGAUGGACAAGGAGCACAGCAUGACAGCAAAGGAUCUCGUGGGAAGCUUGAGGAAGGCAUUGACAUUAGAUCGUGCGUAGUUCAGAUAAUAUCUAUUGUUAGUAGAGGGGUGGUUUUGAGCGGCUUUGACUUUUCAAACCUACUCUUUUUUUAUAUUCCCUCUUUUAGAUCUGCUGUGAUAAGCAGAAAAUUAAGGUUCUUGUUUACAGAGACAAUAAUAGAACUAGCAGGCACAUGUAUGUUUCGCAUCGUUUAUUGUUGUGUAUAAAGUUCUUAUGAUUAUUUGUGCUCCCCAGAGAUAAUGACAAUAUAAUUAGUUUAGUUUGCUUGGGAUGAUAUAUAUUUUCUAGUUUGACA